AUAGCUUGGGGCUUAAGAACCCCGGUAACCGGCUGGUGUUGCGCUCUUCGUAGCGCGGCCGUACUCAGCUCGGCCUUUCAGGUGUCACAUCUUUGAUUCCAAGCGCUGGGCUGUUGAAAAAAUGUUGUAAACAAGCAAGACUCAUAGCCAUCAUGCCAGAAAUAAAAGUCACCCCACUGGGUGCUGGACAGGAUGUGGGCAGGAGCUGCAUCCUGGUCACCAUUGGUGGCAAGAACAUCAUGCUGGACUGUGGAAUGCAUAUGGGAUACAAUGAUGAGCGUCGCUUCCCAGACUUCUCCUACAUCGCGGACGGCUCGCUGACCGAGCACCUGGAUUGUGUGAUUGUCUCGCACUUCCACCUGGACCACUGCGGCGCGCUGCCCUACAUGACGGAGAUGGUGGGCUAUGCCGGCCCCAUCUACAUGACCUACCCGACCAAGGCCAUCGCGCCGAUCCUGCUGGAGGAUAUGCGAAAGGUGGCCGUGGAACGCAAGGGCGAGACCAACUUCUUCACCUCCCAGAUGAUCAAGGACUGCAUGAAGAAAGUGGUCGCCGUUAACCUGCACCAGACGGUUCAGGUGGACAGCGAGAUCGAGAUCAAGGCGUACUACGCUGGCCACGUGCUGGGCGCGGCCAUGUUCCACGUUCGGGUGGGCGACCAGAGCGUCGUCUACACGGGAGACUACAACAUGACGCCGGACCGGCACCUGGGCGCCGCCUGGAUCGACCGCUGCUGCCCGGACCUGCUCAUCACUGAAUCCACCUACGCUACCACCAUACGCGACUCGAAGCGCUGCCGCGAGAGGGACAUCCUGAAGAAGGUGCACGAGUGCGUGGAGCGCGGCGGCAAGGUGCUGAUCCCGGUGUUCGCGCUGGGCCGCGCUCAGGAGCUCUGCAUCCUGCUCGAGUCCUACUGGGAGCGCACUAACCUCAAAGUGCCCGUCUACUUCUCGCUGGGGCUCACUGAGAAGGCUAACAAUUACUACAAGAUGUUCAUUACGUGGACCAACCAGAAGAUCAAGAAGACGUUCGUGGAGCGCAACAUGUUCGAGUUCUCACACAUCAAGCCGUUCGACAAGUCGUACAUGGACAACCCGGGCCCGAUGGUGGUGUUCGCCUCGCCCGGCAUGCUGCACGCCGGGCUCUCACUCAACAUCUUCAAACGAUGGGCGCCCGACGAGAAGAACAUGCUGAUCAUGCCCGGCUACUGUGUGGCCGGCACGGUGGGCCACAAGGUGCUGAACGGCGCCAAGAAGGUCGAGUUCGACAACCGCCAGACGGUGGAGGUGAAGAUGGCCGUCGAGUACAUGUCCUUCUCGGCGCACGCCGACGCCAAAGGCAUCAUGCAGCUCAUCACCUACUGCCAGCCCAAGAACGUGCUGCUCGUGCACGGCGACGCCGAGAAGAUGGUCUUCCUCAAGUCCAAGAUCGAGCAGGAGCUGUCGCUGGCCUGCUACAAGCCGGCCAACGGUGAGACCUGCACGAUCGUGACGCAGCCGACGAUCGCGGCGGACGUGUCGCUGCCGCUGCUGAAGCGGGACCUGCAGCCGACGGCCGAGCUCGGCGACCUCACGGUCAAGCGGCGCCGCCUGCUGCACGGCGUGCUCGUCGUCAAGGGCAGCAAGGUGCGCGUGCUGGAGAGCGAGGCGGCCUGUACGGAGCUGGGCAUCACGCGCCACGAGGUGCGCUUCACCUCCACGGUCACGCUGCAAGACCCGGGCGCCGUCUCCAAGACCAUCGACAAGCUGCACACCCACCUGCAGAGACGUCUGGGCAUCACACAGCACCUGGGAGACGGACCCAUCAGCAUCGGCUCCGUGCUGCUGCAGGUGUCUGGCUCCGACCAGGAGGACCUCAAGGACGUCAUCGUCUCCUGGACGUACCAGGACGAGGCACUGGGCAGCUACAUCCUGAGCAGCAUCAAGAACAUUGACCGGUGACGCGGAGGUGUCGCUUGUUUCCACACCGAACCGCUGACAGCGGCACCACGCGCUGCCGCAUGCACAAAGCAUCAUCAAGAGCAUCGACUGGUGUGGUGUGACGUCAGCGACUGGUACGGUCGUGUGACGUCCUCCGGUCUGCAGCGUGACGUGUGACGUCAUGCCUGGCCGGCCCGCGGGCACAAGGCGUCGCUGGCCCGCCGGUGGUGGCCGGGUCGGGCCAUUUGUGGGCGGAAUCGCGGCUGGUAUACCUGCCCGGGGUGCCCGUCCUGACCGGCCAGCGGGCACAAGACGUCGCUGGCCGCUGGUGGUGGCCGGGUCGGGCCAUUUGUACGAGGAAUGGCGGCUGGCAUACCUGCCCGCGGUGCCCGUCCUGACCGGCCAGCGGGCACAAGACGUCGCUGGCCCGCUGGUGGUGGCCGGGCCGGGCCAUUUGUACGCGGAAUCGCGGCUGGUAUCGCUGCUCGCCGUAAAAACAGUGCGCCCGAGGCCUGGGAACGGAAUCGAUGGCCGUCCGGUGACGUGCGAGCA